GUCACGGCCACCGGCGGUGACAAGGACACCGAGGAUCCACCAGCCCCACCAGAGCCCCCAGGAAGGGACAUCUAAGCCCCCAGGAAGGGACAUCUGAGCCCCCAAGCCCCUCUCCACCACCGCCAUCAUGUCCUCGUGUCCCGCCAACGCCUCAUCUCCCCCCAACGCCACCACUGUCCCCGUCCCCGGCGCAGCGCUGGGGCUGACCCUGCUGUCGGUGGCAGUGGUGGUGGGGCUGCCGGGCAACGCCGUUGUCCUCUGGGGCUGUGCCGUCACCCGCCGGCGCAGUGUCCCUGUCCUCCUCAUCUUCCACUUGGCCUUGGCCGACAUGGUCACCCUCCUCACCGGUCCCGUCUACAUCCGGGCCUUGAGCGUUGGCCAAUGGACCAUGGGCUUGGCCGUCUGCCGCGGGUGCAACUACCUCUGCGCCGCUGCCAUGUACGUCAGCAUCUUCCUCAUUGCUCUUCUGGCUCUCCACCGGUGCUUGGCGGUCUCCAGGCCAGCGACGACGGUGGUGAUGGCGGGUGAUCGUGCCGGACAGUUGGCUCAUGGAGCGGCAGCGGUGACUUGGUCGGCAGCUUUGGUGUUGGCCAUCCCAUCCAUCAUCUUCUGGCAGGUGAAGGACAGGCACUGCAAGCGGGUGCACAGCACGAAGGCUUGGUUGGUGGUCCAAAACCUUCUGGAGACCAUCUUGGGUUGGGCCCUGCCGUUGACCGCCAUAGCCACUGGCUACGGGUUACUGGUCUGCCGGUUACACCAGACCCGCUUGGCCCGGCGUGGUCACACCUUCCGCUUGGUGGCCGCCGUGGUGGUGGCCUUCGCUGUUGCGUGGGGACCUUACCACGUGGCCAGCCUGUUGGAGGUGGCAGCGGUCCUCCAAGGGGAUGGGGGGAUCUUGGAAGCGGCCGCCAAAGCCACCCGGCCACCGGCCACCGCCUUGGCCUUCCUCAGCAGCGCCAUGAACCCCCUCCUCUACGCCUGCGCCGGGCGGAGGCUGCGCCGCGGCGCCGUGGGGUCUCUCCUGCCGCGGCUCCUGGAGAUCUCGGCCAUCGCCGGCAGCUCCCGAGGGACCGUGGCCAAGGGGACCACGCAGGGGGAGAGGGGCUGGGGGGGA